AUGGGCCACACGAAGGACAUUGUUGACCUGCAGGGCAUGACACAGGUUUCUCGAAAAUGCUUUGAUACAACAUCCCUAGCCCUGCCAGAAGGGGACCAGUCCUCUUGGGGGUUCCUAACCCGAGCCUCAGAGGCCCUUGACACUUUCACCCUCAAUGUGGAAGCUGGCCCUCUGGGCUCCCAGCACAGCCCUUUGACGCCUUCUGUUUUCAUAGCUGGCAUCCUCGUCGCUGGCAUUGGACACAGAGCCUGGAAUCACAUCCGAUAUGAGGUGCGGGUCUUCUCCCGGAUACCCGUUAACAAAGAGUCGGAGCCACCCGGGGUUGAGGCUCCCGGCCGCUGGCAUGGCGUCUACAUGAGCAGGACGUCUCCAACGCCAUCGGAAUCUGCGACCACUGUUAAGUCCCUCAUCAAGUCGUUCGACUUGGGACGGCCAGGUGGAGUUGGACAGAAUAUUUCUGUCCAUAAAGCCCCCAGAAGUCCCCUGAGUGGGAUUCCAGUAAGGACCGCUCCCGCCGCUGCUGUCUCCCCAAUGCAGAGGCAUUCAACGUACAACAGUGUUUGGCCGGCCAGCAAAGGUGUGACUCAGCGUUUGGAUCUUCCAGACCUUCCCCUUUCAGAUCUUUUAAAGGGAAGGGGUGAGGACCUGAAACAGGACCCUUAUCUCCGGAAGAGCCCCUCGCUGGAGUCCCUGAGCAGACCCCCUUCUCUGGGCUUCGGGAACACGAGGCUGCUGAGCGCGUCCACUGGGGGCUUGAAACCGCAGAGCAAACUCAGCGUGGAAAGAAGAGACCCGCUGGCUGCCUUGGCCCGGGAAUAUGGUGGCUCCAAGCGUAACGCUCUCCUGAAAUGGUGCCAGAAGAAGACAGAAGGCUACGCGGGAAGGCCACAGUGGUGGUAGGGUUUACUCUG